AUGUCUGAUGAAUCGGAUUCCUCCGACGGCGAGUGCUUUAAGGCGCUCCCCGACGACACUAUCGAAGCGAUCGGGUCGACAGCGAGUGCCAUCCGGAAGGUUAUCAGAGAAAACGAAGAAACAACCAACGUGGUGAAAUAUAUACGUUUCACAAACGUCCCACCAGCUAUUGCGGAAAAUUUUUCUUUACGCAAUACCCGGCAGAUGUUCAACCACAGCACUCGAUGCAUGAUCAUCAAGCUCGUGACCAAGCCCCAUGAUUUAGCUUCACGGCAUCUGAAUGUGGAAGUGAUGUAUGUGCUACAGGAAAUGGGGCUACAUAGGUCGAUUUCCAUGACAGGGACUCACGGCGUCCGAGGUCGGUAUUGUGAAAAGCAGGCCGAAGAGUCAUGGCUCCCUAGGCAACCUAUUCUAGGUCGUAGCACAAAAUGGCCGACCGUUACGGUCGAAGUGGGCGUCUCGGAAUCUUAUCGAAAGUUGAAGGCGGAUGCAGAAUGGUGGCUCACGAACUCUAGGGGCGAUGUGAAGCUUGUAAUCAUUGUGUCUGUCAAUCGAAAGACUCCUCAGAUCAAGUUUGAGACUGUUACUUUGACCCCGGCCACCUUACGACUCCAGCGGCCCCGUGACGUUCCAACCAUCCGACAGUCUAUCACUACAUCCCGGGAUCCAAAACGACCCGACGCAACGAUUACCGUCAGCCCACUAGUACCUUUGACUAUUCAAUUCGAAGAAUUGUUUUGUCGGCAACCUGUCCCCCCGGAACACAAUAUUGACCUCUCACCUGAUCAAUUGAGAGAGAUUUCAGGGCAGGUCUGGGAUCAUCAAGUCUUUUAA